AUGGAAUCCAGAGACAUUAUUGCCAACGUGGGAGGCAGUAGUAGUGAGGGUGCUGGCUCUAAGGCUGGCAGUGACUCUACUAGUGUAUUGCAAGAUUUCGCACAGCAGCUUAUGGCUGAGGUAGUGCGAACGAAUAGAGGUCAGGACUAUCCUUCGACUGAAAUGGGUUGCUCCAUUGAUCAAUUCACUAGGUUGAAGCCUUCAGUUUUCAUAGGAAGUGUAGAUCCAGUUCGUGCUAAGAAUUGCAUCCAGGAGAUUGAGAAGAUCCUGGAUGUUUUAAACUGCACGGAGAAGCAGAAGGUAACCUUUGCAAUGUUCAAGUUGUCAGGGGAGGUAGAGAGAUGGUGGGUGUCAGUUAAGAAGAUGGAGGAGCAUCGACCGAUACCAGCAGCGAUGACGUGGGCUCGUUUCAAAGAGCUAUUCUUUGAAUGGUAUUUUUCGGCCAUGGUCAGAAAUGCAAAGAUGGAGAAAUUUAUGAAUAUGAUGCAGGAGUUGCUGACGGUUGCUACCCUGGUUGACAAGGCCACUGUGGUAAAGGAGAGUUUGCUUGAGGACGCAGAGGUUCAGGUCCCAAAGAAGAGGCCAAUGCCUCCCAGUUCUUCAUCCGGGGCAAAGCAAGUGUUGGAUGACUACGGGCGCUUGCAUGCAGGAAACAGUGGAGCCCCACAACAGCCAUACAGAGGAAAUGCUCAGGCGCAGCAUGGUGGUCAACAAGGGGGUACCACCCAGGCUAGGGUGUACUCUCUGACUCCAAGCGAUGCAGAGAAUGCCGGUGAUGUAGUCACAUAUAUCAUUUACAUGCUUUCUCAUAAAGUUGUUGUAUUCUUUGAUUCCAAGGCAACGCAUUCUUUUGUUUCCUGUGAAUUUGUUAAACUAUGUGGAUUGGGGUUCCAACUGUUAGAUUAUGAACUGGUGGAGGCUACACCGUAUGGGUCUGUGGUCGGGUGUGGCAAGGUAGUUUGUGACUUCCUGGUUGAAAUUCAAGGGAGGGUACUACCAGUUGACCUUGUGGUGUAUGACAUGUAUGGCUUUGACAUCAUCUUAGGGAUGGACUGGUUAUCGGCCAGUUAUGCCAAUAUUGAUUGCCACAGGAGGGAGGCUAAGAGGCUACUCCUUAAAGGGUGCCAGGGGUAUUUGGCAUUUGUGAAAGAUGCACUAGUUGAAGAACGUAAACUAGAGAUGAUUGCUAUAAUGCACAAGUUCCUUGACGUGUUUCCAGAGGACUUGCCAGGAUUAUCUCCAGACCAUGAAGUGGAAUUUGUUAUAGAGUUAACUCUAGAUAUGACACCAAUAUCAAAAGCUCCAUAUCUUCUGACUAUUCCAUCUGGGGAUGGCGGCUUUGUUAUCUAUAGUGACACCUCCAAAAAGGGUCUUGGUUAUGUUCUAAUGCAACAGGGCAGAGUAGUUACUUACGCUUCACGUCAACUCAAAGAUCUGAGCAGUGAGAGUUCAGCUUCAGAUCUGUAUGGAACUAGAAAUGUUGGGUUUGGAAAUAGUGGAAGGAAAUCAUCAGGUUGUUCUUUCCAGUUUGAUGGUACAACCGACCUUACAAGAAAGGAUCUGUGUAGCGCAGGAGAAGGAUCCAGAGUUGAUUGA